CCGGUCAUGUCAGAACCGACUUCAAGCCAGAAGGUUACCGCAGCCAUCGAAGCAUUCUCAUUAGACUCCCCGAGGCAGCCUUGCUGCACCGAUAGCCCGGUUGGCAGCAAGAAGUGUCCCUCUUCGCCGCCGCCGGGCGCUCGGGUUGAGGAUCUUUCGAGGGAAAAGCCGGACGACGACCUGGAAGCUUCGUGCAAGAGGUUUGUUGGCGAUGUCGACCUUCCCGAAUGCGAAGAGCCGCUCUUGAAGGAGUCAAAGCGGCGGUUUGUGCUUUACCCUAUUCAAUAUCACGAAAUAUGGCAAAUGUACAAGAAAGCAGAAGCUUCAUUUUGGACGGCAGAGGAAAUGAACCUCCUCAAGGAUAUGCACGACUGGAAUGACCGUCUGAAUGACAACGAACGCUAUUUUAUCUCCCAUGUACUUGCGUUUUUCGCUGCUUCAGACGGUAUCGUCAAUGAAAAUCUCGUCGAGCGCUUCUCGAACGAGGUACAAGUCGCAGAAGCACGCUGCUUUUAUGGCUUUCAGAUUAUGAUGGAAAAUAUCCACUCCGAAACCUACUCUCCCCUGUACAAACGGUCAACGUUUGCUGAGCGACUAGUCGCCUUUGCUGCGGUAGAGGGCAUUUUCUUCUCAGGGUCAUUUGCUGCCAUCUUUUGGCUCAAGAAACGUGGACUCAUGCCUGGCUUGACUUUUUCCAACGAGCUCAUCAGUCGCGACGAAGGCAUGCACACGGACUUUGCUUGCUUGCUGUUCAGUCAUCUUAGGCGUCGACCUCAUCCGGACACUAUUAAGCGGAUCAUCACCGAGGCUGUCAAAAUCGAACAAGAGUUCUUGACUGAUGCACUGCCUGUUGGUCUGAUUGGUAUGAAUGCGGAACUCAUGUGCCAGUAUAUUGAGUUCGUUGCGGAUCGUUUGCUUGUCUCUCUGGGUAACGAGAAGGUGUACCAAGCCACCAAUCCCUUCGAUUUCAUGGACAUGAUCUCGCUGCAAGGAAAGACCAAUUUUUUUGAGAGGCGGGUCUCCGACUAUACGAAAGCAAAUGUUAGUCACGGCCAAAACCUAGAGACCCGGUCUUCCUGGACUUUCACACUAGACGAGGACUUUUAGUCCUGUUUUGAUCACUUAUACUGUCAUUUAUGCAACGUGUAAUAUGUUAGCAUUUGCACUGUAACUACAUAGCAUCACUCAAUUUUUACUACACAUUGGCA